GCCAUCAGUGUCGUGAUCCCGUCUCCAUCAAGGAAGCUGAAAAAGGAGAUCGAAAACUCCCAGUGGGCGAAAUCUCCCCGUGCGGUUACGCCAGAAUUGACGGGCUUGUCUCAGAAGUUCUACCCCACGGACGACUAUGAGAGGAGAGCCCUGAAAGGCGCGUACCCGCGAGCUAAGAAGGUUCGUCGCGCUGAUGUCCCUCUCCUGCUUGGCACUCCCGGUCCGAUUUUGGAGACUAGACCCAGGGUGCAUGCGCAGCUGCUUGACUCGCUCAAGAGGAAGCUUUCGUUGAUUGAAGGGCCUGAGGUGACGCUCGCGCCGGGUGAUGAUAGUCUGCUCGCUGGGUUCGCGGCGAACUUUGAGUUCAUUAAUACAUACAAGGUCCGUAAGGGGGUGUCGCCUGUGCCGGAGUCGUUUAAUGCGGGCUGUGCUUGUGAUGGGGUGUGCAAUCCCAAGCAUUGUACCUGUCUUUCGGAGGAGAUCAACUCGGAUGAUAAGAUCAUGCCCUAUCAGCAAUGUGAAGAUGAUAGUCGGCUGUUGGUGCUUACGCCUGAUUUCCUCAAAAGAACCUCUAUGAUCUACGAGUGUAGUUCGCGCUGCAACUGUAACGACAGGUGCUGGAAUCACGUCGUCCAGCGCGGCCGAACAGUCCGAUUUGAAAUCUUCCACACAGGUAACCGCGGCUUCGGCCUGCGCUCCCCAGACCCCAUCCGCGCCGGCCAAUUUAUCGACUGCUACCUAGGCGAAGUCCUCACCAAAGAAACCGCCGACGUGCGCGAAGAACUCGCCGUCUCCAACCACCACAGCUCCUACCUCUUCGGCCUGGACUUUCUCGUCGACGAUGACGACAUCUACGUCGUGGACGGCCAAAAGUUCGGCGCCCCAACCCGCUUCAUCAAUCACUCGUGUAACCCCAACUGUCGCAUGUUCCCUGUCUCCCGCACGCACGGCGACGACAGACUCUACGACCUCGCUUUCUUCUCCCUGCGUGACAUCCCGCCUAUGACGGAGCUUACGUUCGACUAUAACCCCAACUGGGAGGGGGGGAGGAAGGUCGACCCGAAUGCUGUCAAGUGUUUGUGUGGGGAGAAGAGGUGUCGCGGCCAGCUUUGGCCUAAUCAGCGGAAGGGGACGAAGUGA